CGGGUAAACACGUCCUGUAUCCGUGGCAGCAGCUGAGGCCGGCGGGCGAGGCAACGGUUGCCGCUGACCCGGGAGAGAACCGGGCUGCGGGAAUCAGCCCGGGCGGCAGCGUGCCGCCGCUACGGGGUUAGCAGGUCUUCUGGCUGUUUCAGUGACUUCAAACUCUUGUCUGUGCUGUUUUCUCCGCCCGGGAAGCCUUUCCCUAGCCUCCUCACUUGCUAAACUAUGUGCUCCUCCAGGGCGGGCACCAUGUCGCCCUCAUCCUUGUACCCCCCGCAUCUAGCAGUGUUGGCAUGUAGUAGGCACUCAAGAAAUGUGUGUUGAACGAACGAUGCCUGUGACAAGCAACUGGACUUUAUUCUUUCCUGACCCUUGCUCCUAUGACACACCUCCCGGCUGCCACUAGCACCCCUUCAGAGCAGAGCAGAGCUUCUCUAGGGAAGCCGGAAGGGAAACAGCUAUGGCCAAGGAUAUCCUGGGGGAAGCUGGGCUGCACUUUGACGAGCUGAACAAGCUGCGCGUGUUGGACCCUGAGGUUACCCAGCAGACCAUAGAGCUCAAGGAAGAAUGCAAGGACUUUGUGGACAAAAUUGGCCAGUUUCAGAAAAUAGUUGGCGGUUUAAUUGAGCUUGUUGACCAGCUUGCAAAAGAAGCAGAAAAUGAGAAGAUGAAGGCCAUUGGUGCUCGGAACUUGCUCAAAUCUAUAGCAAAACAGAGAGAAGCCCAACAGCAGCAACUCCAAGCACUAAUAGCAGAAAAGAAAAUGCAGCUUGAAAGGUAUCGGGUUGAAUAUGAAGCUCUGUGUAAAGUAGAAGCAGAACAAAAUGAAUUUAUUGACCAAUUUAUUUUUCAGAAAUGAACUGAAAAUUUUAUAGGAGGGCAAAAAAACAAACAAAACCCAAAAAAACCUCUAUACUGUUCCAGUGACUUGACUAAUGGCCCACGUAUGUCCUGAGAGAUGGUGUGUAAGGAAUGCAGCAUCUCUGAAGGCAGUAAACAAAUCAGGGAGCUUGUCACAGAUGUCCGUGUGCAGCUGCUGGUGAACACCCAUGGCCACGGUGGUCCAGGCUCUUACCUCUUGGCAUUCUUAACCUGACCUGAGCAGUCUGUAAACUCGAUUUUUUUUUUUUUUUGUAAUUUCACAAAGCUUUGGAAAGGAAGAGCAAUAAAUUAUUGUUUUCAAAUGC